AUGGCUUCUCCCGCUUCUGUCGGUCCUUUGGCCUAUCCAGUUCCUCCCGCUCCGCUACCACCGCCACCACCACCCCCACCACCCCCAACACCCGAGCCGUCCCCCGGCCGCUUGGUGACGUCUUUCAGCCCUCCAGAAGUCGAAACGCCAAACCAGUUCAUCAAAGUACAGUAUUCCAACGAUUCUACCUCCGACUUUGCAAGCCGCGUAAUCCGUAUCGGGCCCUUUCGACGCAAUCUCUUGAUGACGAGGCAUCCGGCCCACGUGGCAGAUUACAAGGAGUUUGAGUGGCUUCUGAAACAUGGAAGUUCUGAGAUCUGGUACGAGAAGCCUACCAAAGCGAAUCUUAGGAGUAUCAGAACGCUUGAGGCGCCGGACGAAUUACUUCCCCUACUUAACGCACGGCCAGUGAGCCUAGAAACGCCCAAGGUAUGGGCAUCGAUGGCUAUGACGACAGCAACAAACGAUGGCAUCUUUGAAUGUACUGCUGGGCAUGUCAUUGAUGAUGGCUAUGCUGGGACAUGUCAUGAAUGCACUGACGCAACGUCUGAAGCCCUUGAGAACACUCCGCUCGUCUACUGCCUAGUCUUCAGCACUUAUCAAGCGAGCGACCCGUUCAUUCACGGUGCCCACUUCAACGGCCGCCCGAUCUACAAGCUUGUCAAAUGCGGUAGUCGCGAGGCUGCCGUUGCGGAAGCGUUCUAUGCGGCUGGUGUCAAUGACUGGAGCCUAGCUUUCAGUUGUGUUACGAAGCUAGGUGAAGACUUUGAAGAGAGACCUGGCACAGCCAAGAAAGUUAAUGAGCUAUGGAUGUUGGCCGAAGAAGAGGAUGACGUGAAGACUAUCAAAGUCUUCUACUAA